AUGACAGAUGAUAUGGCCAUUGAUAUAGCCCAAUUCGCGUCGAAGACAAAACAUCACAUCGUACUCUCCACCAACAAAAACAACAACACUGACAUCAGCAAACAACUGCAGAACAUUAACAAGCUGAUCAGAUCGCUAACAAACAACAACAAAAAUGGUAACGAGGAUCGCAACAAAAGACAGCAACAACAACAACAACUGCUAAACAACAUUUACAACAAAAACAACUGCACGAAGACGAGCAUAAACUACAGCGAAAACUAUCACAACAACAAAAACAACAACAGCCCACAGGCAAAACAACAACAUGGACACAAACCUGAUAUUGUAUUGCCCUAUUGUGGCCGCUGCAACAACAAAGAUGUAGUUGAUGUUGAUGAUGACGAGGAUGAUGAUGAUGAAGAGGAUGAUGUCGAUGAUGACGAAGAUGACGAUGAUGAUGGGAGUGGUGAUGAUGGUGAUCCUUUUCAGCCAACAGUUUCAUUGCUGCACUCGAACAACAAUCGACAAUGUUUUCAGCGUUUCUCUCGGUAG